AUGCCCUGCUCUCAGGAAACACAAGUCGUCUCCCCCAGCAAGGUGGCCUGGCUUGCACAGGAGGGAGGCAUACCGCUCCACUUUGCCCAGCUUUCGAAGCACACCGCCGCCCAGACCAAGGGGUCUACACGCACCGCGGGCUCUGACCUGUACAGUGCCUAUGAUUGCACAGUACCACCUAUGGAUAAAGCCCUUGUGAAAACCGACAUUCAGAUACCUCUUCCUUCUGGGUGCUAUGGGAGAGUAGCUCCAUGUUCUAGCUUGGCUGCAAAACACUUCAUAGAUGUAGAAGCUGGUGUCAUAGAUGAAGAUUAUAGAGGAAAUGUUGGUGUUGUACUAUUUAAUUGUGGCAAAGAAAAGUUUGAAGUAAAAAAGUGUGAUGAAAUUGCACAGCUCAUUUGUGAACAGAUUUUUUUUACCCAGAAAUAG